GCUCUUUAAUUCCUUUUUCAGAUAUAAUACAUGUAGCCAAAUAUUGUUCUUUGACUUUGACUAACACUGGGGGUGAUCUAUGAAACGCCAAAAGAACAUUGUUAUAGCGCUCAUCUGUAAUUAGUGCGGUUUUGGAACUUCCUGAGCCCCUCCCUCUUUCCGGGUUAUUUUAAAGAGCGCAGCGCUGUCCUCUGCUCUUCUCUUCUCACCGACACGCAGACUCUUGACGCAGGCUGACAUCCAGACUGUGUUGACCCUCUUUAUGCUUCGGAUAACCAUGUGGCAAAUUGAAUCUCCGACUGCGAUUAAUGGAGAGCAGGCUCAAGUUGAUAUUCCUAAUAGAUAUCGCACUACUCGUGCGUAAAAAGUGGAAAUGGCACGAAAGAUAAAUGUCCACUCUCCUAACUUCGGGUGUGACUUGAUGUAAAGGUUUGCCAGGCGUUCGGCGGACCGUUACCUGCGUAUGGAGCAAGAAUGAAUACAACGUGUUCAGUACUGAGACUAAAAAGGAAGAAAUUCAUAUCUUCCCUCCUGUCACUGCUGACUCUGUGUGCCCUGCUACUGGUCAGUCAGAGGUACAGCUACAUCGAGUCCUUACCUCCCCCCGCGGCUUUAAAUGACAUCCAGACAUUCCACAGGUACAAUAUUAAUUGUAAGGCUAUAUACGAAAUGGACCCAGUGGAGGUGGGGAAGUCGCUGAUCAUCAGACAGAAACAAGUUGUGGAAGACAAGGAUGAAAGUCUGCUUAACCUCACCUCAAACUGCCCAUUGUUCAUCAAGUCCAGAGGUUAUGAUGACGUGUGUGUCUCAGAGGAGGAGAAAGACUUUCCUCUCGCUUACUCACUGGUUGUGCACAAAUCUGCAUGGAUGAUAGAGAGACUCAUCCGAACGCUGUACUCGCCCAGUAACAUCUACUGUAUCCACUAUGAUCAGAAGUCCUCGGCUCAGUUCAUCUCAGCCGUGGAGGGUUUGGCCCGCUGUUUGCCCAAUGUCUUCAUUGCCUCCAAGCGAGAGUCUGUCUUUUAUGCCAGCUUCACUCGAUUGAAAGCUGAUCUCAACUGUCUGUCCGACCUUUUGGGGUCAGAAGUCAAGUGGAAGUAUGUCAUCAACCUGUGUGGCCAAGAUUUCCCCCUGAGGUCCAACAUCGAGCUGGUGUCAGAACUUAAGAAGUUAAAAGGAGCCAACAUGCUGGAGACAAGCCGACCCACUGAGCACAAGAAGGAGAGGUUCACCUUUCACCACGAGCUGAGGGAUGUCAACUUUGAAUAUAAGAAACUGCCGGUGAAAACAGAGCAGAUAAAGGGCCCACCGCCACACAGCAUCGAGGUGUUCUCUGGGAAUGCCUACUUUGUCUUGUCCCGGGACUUUGUUGUGCACAUGAAGUCCUCGGUUGUGGUGAAAGAUUUUUUGGCCUGGUCAGAGGACACCUACUCUCCAGACGAACACUUCUGGGCAACACUUGUGCGACUGCCAGGUGUACCUGGAGAGGUGCCCAGAUCGCAUCCCGAUGUCACCGACCUGAUGAGUCAGACCCGGCUGGUGAAGUGGCAGUACCUGGAGGAGAACCUUUACCCACCCUGCUCAGGGACACACGUCCGCAGCGUUUGUAUUUAUGGUGCUGCGGAAAUGCGUUGGUUACUCAACUACGGCCACUGGUUCGCCAAUAAGUUUGACCCCAAAGUGGACCCCAUUCUCAUUCAGUGCCUUGAGGAGAAGCUGGAGGAAAAACAAAAGUUAUUCCAAACAGUGGCAUCCCAUAACUGCCAUAAGGGUUAACCAAAAGCUAUAGUACAGUGUAGAGACACACAUUCUUGUCUUUUCAUAGGCAUAGUUAAUACUUAAUAAUAAGCUAUUCCACUGUUCAAUACCUGCACUGUUCACUUUUGCACUAUCACCACUGCACUCACUCUACCAUUGCACCCUAUCAUGGUCAUGGCAUCCCACGGUCAGUCCGUACCAGACCUUUGUAAUCACUUCACAAAUUGUUAACUCUUUAAAUUCCUGUGAGUGAUUUUUUUUUUUAUGUAUGUGUGUAUGUGUGUUUGUUGUGUUAUGGUUGUCUAAGCUACUGAAAGCCUAAAAUGUUCCUUGGAAUGAAUAACGUAUCUAUCUAUCUAUCUAUUCUAUUCUAUAGUUCCAGCUUCUAAAAAGUAAAAAUUUGCUCCUAUUUAUCUUAAGUUGUAGGAUAUUGAUUUCCCUUGGAUUGUGGACCAAACUAUAUAUUUGAUCUUUUGUUUUAAGCAAUUAUGAAGAGCGUGUUUUUAUAAACUAAAUGAUUAAUUAAUAAUGAAAAAAAUUCGUUUCAACCCUAGGUACCAAAACUGUUUCUAUAAAUAUGACAUUACAGAGAUGCUUUAUUUUUUUCUGACAUUAGUCUUGCUUCAGCCAGUUCAAGAGACUAUAAUCCCUUCAGAGCAUUUCCUAAGGCAUUUUAAAAGCCAACAUGAAGUGGUGCCAGCGUUUUCUAUCAGACCUAGGCUAUCUAUCCAAUUUCUACAAAACACAUUCUCACUUUUCUCUAGUGGUGUAGCCCCAUGCAGAGUUUUGUUUUAUUUAAUAAAAUGUUGAGAUAUUUGUUCAGUAGAUGUCUUGCUCCUCACUAAAAUUCAAUUUAAUAUGUGGUGCCCACAGCAACUACGAAUGUCUUAUUCUUUACUGUAGCGUAAAGGAACUACGCUACAACUCGCAUUUUGUUGUGCAACCCCGUUUUGUAGAAUGACAAUAAAUGACCCUUGAAACAAUG